GCAUGGACUCGUAUGCAGAGGCGCAAGACGGAGGUGGUGAAGAGGCUGAGGAUGCAAGUGGCUCUCAGGCGUCCAUGUCAGAGGUGGAUGCAGCCGGGUGGAACGAGGGGGAUGUGCAGUUGCCAUGGACCCGGGAAUCUGACGACAUGUGUGCGAGUAUGGUUGUCGAGCCACCGUCGCCUGGGGAGCACAGCCCGGCAAUUUCCAGAAGCGGCAGCGCUCGCAGCUCGUCGCCUAAUCCAGGAGUCGUGUAUUGGAUCAGUAGCAUGCGAGUCGCGUCUCCUCUGCCAAUCAGCUACCACUUUUUGCAAACGCCGCUGCGUCUCAGCCCGCAGUUUGAGCACUGCAGAGGGGAUCCGGCAUCGCACCUGGUUGUGCCGGAUCGGUGUCGGCUGGCGUACAUGAUGGAGCAGCUGGCACGCGAGUAUGCACCUGCACACAGGAGCGUCUCACCGCCUCGAUUCGGAGCGUGCUAGAUGGUGAGUGGUGUUUGGUAGUUUGGCGACGGUGGUAUUGCUGGGGAGCACGCGAGGCAUUUGCUUGUUUCGGGAAUUACGAGUCCGUGUCGCCUAAGCGGUUGCGCCCGGGUGGGCUAGUUUUGCUUGUAUAUUGAAUCGUCAGAAAUUGAUUGCCAGUCUACUAUAUAGCGAUGCGCAGCAGACGAGGGCGCGUGGGCAGGUGCAGGAGACGAGGUGCGGUCAAGUGGAUGAUGGGUUGAUGGAGGAUGGGGGUGGGUGGAUGGAUGGAUGGAUGGAUGGAUGGAUGGAUGGAUGGAUGGAUGGAUGGAUGGAUGGAUGGAUACAUAGAUGGGUGUACAGGGCAGAGGGUGUGAAGGGCGUGCGCGGUUCCGACUUCACCCGCAUGUUCGCGCUACGCCAUUGGGCGCACUGUCGCGUACCGCCGUUGCAGCAUCAGC